CGUAUUCCUCUCCCUCUCCUCUCCCUCCAUCGCCACCACCCACCCCCUCAGCCCCUUCAUUCUCCUUCGGUAACGCUUCGUGCUUCUUGUUUAUCUUCAAGCUCAGUGCUUGCGCCUGGUGCAUGGAAGGACACAGUGUCGAUCGCUGGUAACGAUGAAUAUUUGGACCGACGAUAACUCCUCCGUCAUGGACGCUUUCAUUGGUUCCGAUCUAUCUUCUCUCUGGCCUCCUCAGCAAUCCUCUGCCUCAACGACCACUACCACUGGAACUGACCCCACCAAAGCUUUCUCUCAAAACCAUCUUUCGGUUUGCAUCUUCAAUCAGGAGACUCUCCAGCAACGUCUCCAGGCGCUGAUUGAAAAAGCCAGCGAGAGCUGGACCUACGCUAUCUUCUGGCAAUCUUCUUGUGAUCACUCGGGAGCUUCCGUGUUGGGUUGGGGUGAUGGCUACUACAAAGGCGAGGAGGUAAAAGGAAAGGGGAAGGCCAAAACGACGGCGUCUUCCGCGGCGGAGCAGGAGCACCGGAAAAAGGUUCUUCGCGAGCUUAAUUCGCUCAUCUCUGGGUCCUCCUCCUCCCCAGAUGACGCUGUAGACGAAGAAGUAACAGAUACCGAGUGGUUCUUUUUGGUUUCGAUGACUCAGUCGUUUUACAACGGCGGCGGAUUGCCGGGGCAGGCGUUCCUCAGUUCGAGCCCUGUUUGGGUCGCAGGUUCCGACCGGCUGGCAGCUUCAACAUGCGAGAGGGCGAGGCAGGGUCAAUUGUUCGGGCUUCAGACUUUGGUUUGUAUACCGUCGGCGAGUGGGGUGGUCGAACUGGGCUCCUCGGAGCUGAUAUUUCAAAACUCUGAUCUGAUGAAUAUGGUCAGGGAUUUGUUCAAUUUCAGUGGCGCCGAAGGGAGUUUUUUAUGGGGGUCAAAUGCUUCAGCUGCGGCUGAUCAGGGUGAGAACGACCCUUCUUCGCUCUGGCUCAACGAUCCUUCUGCAAUUGAAAUUAGGGAUUCGGUGACUACUGUUGCGCCCAAUUCAGUGCCCAGUUCUACCAACAGUCAUAACAAUAAUCCGAAGCCGAUGCAGUUAGACACAAGAGGUUCCACGACUUUAGCUGAGACCCCAAGUUCCAUCCAUAUCCCAAACGCUCACCAUAGCCACCAACAACAACGGCAACAGCAGCGUCAUUCGCUGAACCAGGGUUGCUUUUCACGGGAGUUGAACUUUUCGGACUAUGGAUUGGACGGAAACGGCGUGAAAAACGGUCAAUGUCAAUUCAAUGCUGAGGAGAAGAGGAGGAGGUCGCCUACGUCUAAGGGUAGCAAUGACGAAGGCAUGCUUUCUUUCACUUCAGGUGUGGUUUUGCCCGCUUCAAAUGUGAAGACCGUCUGCGGCGGCGAUUCUGAUCAUUCCGAUCUCGAAGCUUCUGCGAUGAAGGAGGUAGAUAGUAAGGUGGUCGAACCAGAGAAAAAACCUCGGAAGAGAGGACGAAAGCCCGCAAAUGGCAGAGAGGAGCCUCUGAAUCACGUUGAAGCUGAAAGGCAGAGGAGAGAGAAGCUCAAUCAACGGUUCUAUGCGCUUCGUGCUGUGGUUCCAAACGUUUCAAAGAUGGAUAAAGCAUCCCUUCUGGGUGAUGCCAUAUCUUAUAUCUCUGAGCUCAAGUCGAAGCUUCAGAGAACGGAAUCAGACAAGAACGAAUUGCAGAACCAAUUGGAUUCUGUGAAGAAGGAACUCGAGCUGGCCCACAAAGGUUCAGCGCCACCUCCACGGGAGAAAGAACCAAAGCCGCCCAAUCAUCAUGCUGGCAAGAUUACUGAUUUGGAUAUCGACGUGAAGAUCAUAGGUUGGGACGCGAUGAUUCGGAUUCAAUGCAGCCGGAAGAACCACCCGGCAGCAAGGUUGAUGGCGGCAUUGAAGGAGCUAGACCUGGAUGUGAGCCACGCGAGCGUCUCGGUGAUGAAUGAUUUGAUGAUCCAACAAGCAACGGUGAGGAUGGGGGGUCAAUUCUACACGCAGGAGCAACUCUGUUCAGCACUGUCGUCCAAAGUUGGCGAUGUCCGAUAGGUCCUUAACAAUGGGAAUAUAAGGCUAUUCCUUGUGGUGUUGGGCUAUGGAAUACUUUUGAGUCUUCCCCGCCAGAAACUCUGUAGCAUACUACUGUCCUAGUGUUUCCGGUAGCUUUAGUUUUUUGGUAGCUUGGUUUAAAUCUUGAGGUUAUUUAAUUUAAUUUGGGAAGCCGGAUUUGAGCCAGGGGACGUCAUUCAAAUCAAGUGUGGGCAGGGAUAGGUACCUCGAUGAAAUGAAAAUAGAGUAAUUUAGUGUCGAUAUUGUCAAACUAGAUUGUGUUUGUAUAUAUUAUCAUAAAUUUGAUCAAUGCAUGAAAUUUCU